UCGGGCUAGCCGACGCUCCUCCCUCUCUCCCCACCGCACGUGCGAAGCGCUGCCUCCUCCGUCCCUCUCUCUCAUGCCAUCGGUGCGUUCAAUGAUCGCUCAGAGCUUCGAGGAACCGUUAAUGGCGGAAAAGAAGGCAGUGUGAAAGAGGUGUUCUGAGCGCGAUGUGUCUACUGCUCUGGCUUGUAUCUCGUGAGUGGUCCCUCUAAUCCGUGUCUCCAAAGUGGCGAAACUCUCUGUGCAGGAUUAAGCGUUGUCUCUUCUACCGGAGGUGGGCUUCCCUUCGGCGUCCGUGCAGAUAUGCGUGUGUGAGGAAUGCAGCCAUCAAUGUGAAGUUUUCAAUGUUCUUGGGCUGGGGUUGCCAUUGUUUUCUUGAUAUUGGAGGGUGAAGCAUUUACUGUUCAUCUAGGAUUUCCGAGGACGAGCGUAAUUGAAAGAAGAUGAGAAGAGGUCUGUGAACUGAAGUUUUCGUGGCUCAUGUUGGAACUCGAGGUCAUAAAUGAGGCUUCUUUGGACAUGGGCACUUAAUAUACGCGAGACUUGCACGCUUUGAGUCUUUUGAAGAUGCGGCUGUUCUUGCUUCUAAAGAGCGUGAUCCUUCUUGGAAUCCUGCGCUGCUGACCGAUCUUUAUGAGAGACGUCGGAGCCUUUUGUACGUUGCUUUUACGGGUUGAUCGUCAAAGAAAACUUUCGGGGAGAUAGAUUAUUGAGAUUCAAGAUGGAGGGGUUCUUCAGAGGAACGCUAGCUAACCUAUUGCUAACCAAUGUUUUCUUUCUCAUGGUGAUCGCCGUCUUAUAUGUUGUCCAUCCUUCCACUUCCACUGUAGAGCCCAGUGCGGAUAUUCAUGCUCUCCUUGAUCUUAGAGAUGCCUUGGCUGGAAGUAAAGAUUCAAUACCAAGUUGGUAUUAUCCCAACUCCUCACCUUGCAAUUGGACCGGGAUAAAGUGCGCUGGUCUAACUGUUGAGUCCGUAGACCUAUCUUCUAUACCUUUGCAGAGUGAAAUUCCUUUUGCUAUCGAGCGUUUCAAGUCUCUCAAAUUUCUUAACCUGAGCAGCUGUGCUCUUAGUGGCAGUAUCCCUGAAACCUUCUGGACCUUGGAGAAGCUCGAGCACUUAGACCUAAGCAGGAACGAACUUUCUGGCACAUUAUCUCCUUCUAUCUCGAGGCUAGCAUUUUUGAAAGAAGUUUCCAUUGGAUUCAAUCAAAUUUCAGGCAGCUUACCUUCCUCAGUUGGUGAAAUGAUGAACCUAACCAAGUUCUCUGUCACCUCCAAUGCGUUCGUUGGAUUUCUGCCCCCUGAACUUGGCAACCUUCCUGCCCUCGAGUACCUUGACGUGAGCUUGAACUCAUUCACUGGUCGAAUUCCAGCAACCUUGGGCAAUUUGACAAGCUUAUUGUUCAUGGACUUAAGCCAGAAUAGUUUCUCUGGGGAGAUCUUCAGUCCAAUCGGCCAACUGAACAAGCUGCUGUCGUUGGACCUCUCUUACAACAUGCUGACCGGGGAGAUACCACCGACGAUCGGUGGACUGAAGGAACUUAAAGUUUUGUAUCUUAGAGCUAACAACCUGGAGAGCCACAUUCCAGCGGAGUUGGGAAAUUUGGUGAAAUUAGAAGUCUUCUUCUGUCAAAACUGCAGAUUGAAGGGCAGGAUUCCGGUGGAGAUUGGAAACUUGAGGAGCUUAACUAGCUUGGACAUAUCUGAAAAUAGUCUCGAAGGAGAGAUUCCUGCGAGCAUUGGAAACCUAAGAAACCUGACCUUUUUGUUGGCGACAAGCGCCGGGCUGAGUGGUCGCCUGCCAGAGGAAUUGGGUAACUGUGAGAAGCUUCAGGCAUUGGAUCUAUCAUUUAAUUUUCUUUCUGGUCAAUUGCCUAAUAACUUGAUGCGCUUGGAGACCUUGGAGACAUUCAUAGUUGAAGGGAACUAUCUCUCUGGGGUAAUACCAUCCUGGAUCUCAAACUGGAAAGCAGCUAAUGCAGUGAGGUUGGGGAAGAACCGCUUGGAGGGAUGUCUGCCAUCCGCUGUGGGGGAAAUGCGCUCAUUGACAACAUUGUCCGUUGAUGCUAACAAUCUUUCCGGUGAAAUACCGAUGGAGAUCUGCAACAUUCGUGGCUUAGACCACCUGUCUCUAUCGCAGAAUCGAUUUAGCGGCAAUAUUACCCACACUUUCCGUCAAUGUUCGAGUCUCACAGACUUGGUAUUGGCAGGAAAUAAUCUGUCUGGUGAGAUUCCGGCUUAUGUCGGGGAGCUACCCCUGGUCACGCUUGAGCUCUCACAGAAUGAGUUUCACGGCAACCUGCCCGAUGGGCUUUGGACUUCCAAGACACUGCUGGAGAUAACCCUUAGCAAUAAUAUGCUUACAGGCGGUAUUUCUCCCGAGAUUGCCAAUGUAGCUUGGCUGGAAAGGCUCAUGCUCGACAACAAUCUCCUUGAAGGACCUAUUCCUAGGGAGAUUGGUGAGCUGAAAAACCUUACAAAUCUUUCUCUUCACGGCAACCGACACAACGGCCAGAUCCCUGAAGAGCUCUUUGACUGCAUCAAUUUGGUGGCCUUGGAUCUAGGAGCAAACAACCUCACAGGUGAGAUAUCGCGAAAAAUAUCUCAGCUCAAGCUUCUGGAUAAUCUUGUAUUGUCCCAUAACCAUCUGUCCGGUGAGAUCCCCGGCGAGAUAUGUUCUGCUUUCCAGAAGGUGCCACUGCCAGACUCCGAGUACACGCAGCACUAUGGUGUGUUAGACCUGUCUUUCAACAACCUGUCCGGCGAAAUUCCCUCAUCAAUUGCUCAAUGUGCAGUGGUGGUUGAGCUGCUGUUACAGGGGAACAAGCUGACAGGAAACAUACCAUCACAGCUAGUUGGACUGCUAAACCUGACCUUGGUCGACCUUUCAUCCAAUUUUCUUUCCGGUCCAAUCCCUCAGUUAUCGAAACUAAGCAGUCUUCAAGGCCUUAUUCUUUCUCAUAACCAUCUGAGUGGACCUAUCCCUGAGGAUCUAGGCUCCAUCUCUAACCUGGUGAAGCUCAACCUCUCUGCCAACCAGCUCACAGGCAGCUUCCCAUCUGCUCUUUCAUCCCUCAAGAGGCUAACUCACAUCGACCUGAGCCGCAAUUUGCUCACUGGACCUCUUUCUUUGGGCGCCUCUGAAUUUGAUUCGCUCUUCUUCCUGAAUGUUAGUGCUAACCAUUUCAGUGGCCCCAUUCCCUCGACCCUUGCCAAUCUUACUUCUCUUGCCGUUCUGGACCUCCAUGGCAACGACAUUGCCGGGAAAUUUCCGUCCUUGCAUUCUGAUCUCACUUCCCUAACUUACCUUGACAUUUCCAACAACCACUUAGAUGAAGUCACAUUCUCUGAUAUCUGCGGCAUUCCUGGUUUAGUUUUCAUAAACUUCUCCGGCAACAACUUCAAGGAGAGCAGCCUCAGCAAUUGCGCCAAUUUAUCAGUAGCCAAGGUCUACUGUGGUGAUCACCUCUGCCGUGCUUCCACAUACUUACCGGACCCAUCUCUGGGCAGGGCUGCCAUCUGCGGCAUUACCAUUGGGUCUACAUUGUGCUUCAUGGGCGUUCUUUUCGCCAUAAUCAAGUGGAAAAUGCUCAAGCAAGAAGAAGCAGCAGCAGCCGCAGCUGCCACACUUGCAAGCCCCUGUAAAGCUAGACUGGCUGCAGUUGAGCCGACUAGCACUGAUCAGUUCAUAGUAAAGAAGAGCCGAGAAGAGCCACCCAGCAUUAACGUGGCGAUGUUUGAGCACCCGCUGCUGCGGCUAACCGUUUCCGACAUCUUAGCGGCAACCAACAACUUCAACAAGACCCACAUCGUGGGGGACGGCGGGUUCGGCACCGUCUACAAAGCGGAGCUGGCAGGGGACCAGGUAGUUGCGAUCAAGCGGCUACAUGGUGGCCGCCACACUGAAGGUGACCGGGAAUUCAUGGCAGAGAUGGAGACAAUAGGCAAAGUGAAGCAUGAAAAUUUGGUCCCAUUGUUAGGAUACUGCGUGUUUGGGGACGAGCGGUUCCUGAUCUACGAAUACAUGCCAAACGGGAGCCUGGAUCUUUGGCUGCGCAACAGGGCCGAUGCGGUGGAGUUGCUUGGCUGGCCCGUGAGGUUCAAGAUCUGCGUGGGGGCUGCAAAAGGCCUCGCUUUUCUGCACCACGGCUUCGUUCCCCACAUCAUACACAGGGACAUGAAGUCUAGUAACAUUCUGCUGGAUGCCGGUUUCGAGCCCAGGGUGGCCGACUUUGGCCUGGCUCGGAUCAUCAGUGCUUAUGAGACUCAUGUCAGCACGGAGCUGGCAGGGACGUUCGGCUACAUCCCGCCUGAGUAUGGGAUGACAAUGCAGGCGACGAUCAAGGGUGACGUGUAUAGCUUUGGGGUGGUGAUGCUGGAGCUGCUCACCGGCCGUGCUCCGAUCGGCCAGGAGGAAGUUGACGGUGGGAACCUGGUCGGGUGGGUGAGAUGUAUGGUGGCUAAGGGCGACGAGGCAUGCGUCCUGGAUCAGUGCGUACUGUCUGAUAGGUGGAAGGCGCAGAUGCUUUGCGUGUUGCGAGUCGCGAGGCUUUGCACGUCUGAUGACCCCAGCAGGAGGCCCAACAUGCUGGGAGUGGUGAAGAUGUUGAAGGAGAUAGAAGAUGGGCCUUACUCGGUGUAGCCUAUAUCAGAUAAUCCCAUGCGAUACGUCCCCGAUACGGCGUGGAGUUGUCGAACUUGAUAUUGCUUUUUCUUGUUGUGUAGUUCCUGUUUUAAGAAAUCACCUAAACGGUUGAUGGGGAUAUGUAUGUGUAGCUUUAUUAAUCUGUCGUUGUAUCGUCGAUAUAGGGACGGACAAUAGCACGGACAUACCUCUGUGUCUUACCCUA